CUUUGUCUGAUCAUUCUUUCUCCCAGCAGUAGAAAUACGCAUUUAACCGCCUAUCCAUUCCCAAUUCACAAAAUUUCCACUUUUCAGUGUUCCCAUUGCAAAAUUCCAUCCCUUAUUCUCUUCCCUACGAAUACAGUAUGGCAGUCAGCAACAAUCUAACGGCGAUCCUCAAUUUCAUAGCAUUCAUGUGUUCAAUUCCCAUAAUUACCGCCGGAAUAUGGCUCGCAUCCAAGCCGGACAACGAGUGCAUCCACUGGCUCCGGUGGCCGGUGGUCUUCAUGGGAAUAGCAGUCCUUCUUGUUUCCUUACUGGGCUUCGUCGGAGCUUACUGGAAAAAGGAAGGUCUUCUCGGAGUUUACCUUGUGCUAAUGGCCAUUCUCAUAGUUCUACUCCUCGUUAUACUGAUCCUUGCCUUCGUCGUCACGCGCCCUAACGGCGCGUACCAUGUGCCCGGCCGGGCUUACCAAGAGUACCGGCUGGAGGGUUUCUCCCCCUGGCUGAGAAAUCAUAUUACUAGCUCUGAUUACUGGGGGAGGAUAAGGACGUGUUUGGCUGACUCUUCCAUUUGUCCUAAACUGUCUCAGGAGUAUAUAACUCCUAAUGAUUUCUUUGCUGCCCAUCUGUCUCCGAUUGAGUCGGGUUGCUGUAAGCCUCCAACGAUCUGCGGGUUCCAAUACAUGAGUCCCACAUCGUGGAUCAGCCCAUCAAACCAAGCCGUGGAUGCGGAUUGCUUCGUAUGGAACAAUGAUCCAAGCCAACUGUGCUUUAACUGUAAUUCUUGCAAGGCUGGUCUACUGGGAAACCUAAGACAGGAAUGGAGGAAAGCCAACAUAAUCCUUAUAGUCACAGUUGUGGUUCUGAUUUGGGUUUAUCUUAUUGCUUGCAGUGCAUAUAGAAACGCUCAAACCGAAGAAUUGUUCGGCAGAUACAAACGGGGUUGGACUUGAUUUGACAACACCACCCAAACAUCUCCGACUUUUUCUCGAAUUCCACUGGUUUUGUGUCCAACUUUUGUUCUUUGCUUUAGUGCAUCGUUGCUUUAUGACUGGUUGUAUAUAUUCUACGUAUUGUUCUUUCUAGUUUUGAAUUUUAAUGGACCUUUAAAGGAAGAAAAGGUAUAAAGUUUGUAUUUUCCGUCGGUUACUUUGUUCUGUAUUCUUAUUGGCUGGUCACAUUAAGCUAUAGAAUCGUAUUCUAAUUUUCACUUUUUGCGAGAUUCUUGGAAUUCAA